AUGGCUAUGGCCGUUAGGUCGCAGACGCCGGUGCAGGACACAUACGGCGCGAUCCCUCACCAUCCCGAUCUCCUGCUGAAUCGCGGGUACAGCACGCGCUCCAGCUCCCGACCGAAUUCCAUGAUCGUUACCAGCUCCGGUUACCUCCCACACGGCGCCAACGCCGAACCUACUUCGUUCGCCCACAACGGCCGGUUCCACGAGGAAUUCGAUGCGACUAGCCAACGCGGCUCAGUCGUUCUAGACGGUCCGUCCAGCGCGGGCAUGCAACGAUCCGUCUCUCAGAUGUCACAGUCGCGCUCCGCAACCCCGACCCGGUCGAGUACAUUGAAGAAGAAAGCCUCCCUUACCAAGCGAGGAAGCAUGCGUCGUAGCAGCAGCAAGCGAAGCUUGCGUGCGGGCAGUGUGAGGAGUCUCGUCUUGGGCGACAAGGAGAAGUAUGGCGCCGACGAGGACCCGAACAGCGCGUUCUAUAUCCCUGUUCCCACCAACGGGAGCCCAACCGAGGUCCUAGCGAACCGCUUUCAAGCGUGGCGCAAGGUCCUCAAAGACCUCAUUGUCUUCUUCAAGGAGAUCCAGAAAUCGUACGAAACCCGCUCCAAACUGUUUCUGUCAGCGUCGAAUAUCAUGCAAAACACCUCCCUGCCACCGACUUUUCUCAAAUCUGGCGGUCUCGCGGAUGCGACCGAGGUGCUGAGGGACUUUCACCGACAAGGGUACACGGAAGCGAACAAGGCCGCUGAAGUGGAAAGUGAGGUGGUCAACCAGCUAAUGGGAUUGCGAAACGACCUGCAAAAGAAGACCAAGGAAAUCCGCAGUCUUUCGGGCGACUUCCGCAACUCCGUGGAUAAGGAAGUGGAGGCUACUCGCAAAAGCGUGCGACACUUGCAUGAAGCGCUGGGCAUGGUUGACACCGACUCUUCGGCUACGUCAGGCAAAGGCGAUCCUUUCAUUGUCCGCUUGAAUGUGGACCGACAGAUUGAGAAGCAGAUCGAAGAAGAGAAUUAUUUGCACAGGGCCUUCCUGAACCUGGAAAACUCCGGUCGCGAAUUAGAAUCCAUCGUGGUGGGCGAAAUCCAAAAGGCCUAUAACGCAUAUGCCAGCAUCCUGAAGCGGGAAGCGGACGAGACAUACGACACGGUCGAGAAACUCCGCGCGGGACCGAUUUCGAUGCCUCACGAUCAUGAGUGGAACUCAUUCGUCGCGACCACGGACGAACUGGUCGAUCCGCGUGUUCCUCUCCGCGAUGUGGAGAACAUCACAUACCCGGGUAAGGAUCAUCCCGCUGCUGCGGAGGUCCGGUCCGGGAUGUUGGAGCGCAAGAGCAAGUAUCUGAAGAGCUAUACGCCUGGCUGGUAUGUCUUGUCUCCAACGCAUCUGCAUGAGUUCAAGUCUGCCGAUCGGGUGGCCUGGCAACAACCGGUGAUGUCAUUGAACCUCCCGGAGCAGAAGCUGGGGUCGCACUCUCAACCGGACUCGACGUCGCACAAGUUCAUGCUGAAGGGACGUCAGACCGGUACGAUGCACCGCGGUCACUCGUGGGUCUUCCGCGCCGAAUCCCACGAGACGAUGAUGGCGUGGUACGAAGAUAUCGAGAGCCUAAUAUCGAAGACCGGGGAGGCUCGAAACGCGUACGUGCGACAGCAUAUUCGGACCGUGAGUGGCACAGGUUGGCGGAACAGCAGCGACGGAAUGGACGAGGACGAAGCGGACAGGACGCCGUACUCAGCCGAGUCGGCGGUUUUGCACCAGGAACGCCCAACUUCCCAGCCUCGUCAGCCGGGGGGGCGUUUCCCCAGUGACGUGCAGAUAGACCGCCACUUGGAGGCUCCACUGUCGCCGUCUAGCGGAGAGAGCUCCGGCGACAGGGAUCUCCUAGCUGCAGCGGGCUCGUUUCCCGACGGCCGAACUUCCUUCAGCAAUGAGAUGGACGAGAGCCAUGCCCGGACCGCCGCCGGCUUGACCGACCGACCGUAUCCCGCCGAUGUCGAGAGGCACGACAGCUACUAUGGCAACUGGAUGGGCACUUCAGACGCCGCCAUGCGACAGAGACAGCAGCUUGCUCAGCAGGGGCACAAUCCCGUCGACCACAGAGAGACCGCCUGGUCCGAUCGGGGAAACACUUCGAACUCCUUCUUUGUUGCAGGGCUCGGAUCCACGAGCUCGCGCGACCCGUCUCUGACUCGUCAGAGAAACCGCGGCGAGAGCGCCUCGACUGCGCCUACCACCGCCAACCUGACUGACUACACCCAUACCACCGUGCCGACUUCGAUUGACGAAAGCGAAGAGUCGCCCCAUGGUGGCUUUGAACUCGACGGCGUGAAAGGAGACAGACCGGCAGAUAGCUCUUCAGUCCGGACCGCACCAGCUGGACCUGUCGGGAACGAUGCGGCCGUCUCGCAGAAUGGGACUGCGAAGCGUCCCUCGGCUCAAUCCAAGGGCAGUGUGUCGACGCUGGAACUGCGGAUUCCAGGCCACUACCCGCCAGCCAAUCUGGCUGCAUAA